AUGAAUGCAAGUACUAAAGUACAGUUGUUCGCCUUAUUCGCUCUUCUCACAUGCGGUUUAUCGUACGGAGAAAAUGGCACGCCGUUUUUAAAGUUUCACAAGGUCGAGUCUGCAACUCUUAGAAAUGGUUCUUUUUCGUAUUUUGGCACAAAUAAGCCUAUCGUUAUUGAUGGAAUGUUUCCACGAGUGACGAUUCAAAUUGUGGAGCUAAUUAAUAACGCUCCACCCAAGUUAGAGUUUCAUUGUGUCGUCGACAAGUUAUCCAAGGAUUCACCAAUUACCAGCGCGCAAUUGUGCUUUGAGACACCAUUUUCUCGGAAAUUAACGUGUGACAAUGCGCUCGGAAGCUCGUACUUGCUCUCUGAUAAAUUCAAAUUUAAGUCCAUGGGAGACAUCUAUAAUGGUUAUAUUUUUACGUCGAAUUGGGGUCGAGACAAGUUUCCGCUAGAUGCCACAUAUUUCUGUCGUCUUGGCAAUAGUAAUGGUGUCAUCCAAUCAAACUCCAUCGAGGUUCAGGACAUGGAUUCCUAUACAACAGCUUUCAUUAAGAGACAGUCGCUUGACCCUAUCCUACGUGGUCCCAUCGUUGGUAGCAGCUUUCCUAUGUCACUUGAGUGCGGCGGUUCCAUGGACCACGUUGAAUUACCCAACUGGGCGAAACAAACUUUUCCCGUCCCCUACGAUUGGGUCGCCUGUGAAGCCGAGGCUGACAGCCAGUUGGAGAUCCGGAAAUGCUACGAUCGUUCUCAACCCAUCGCUGAGUACUUUGAGCACACCGUUCUUUCCAACGGUACUCUUAUCAUCCAUGAUUUGGUGAAGGACUGGCGCCCUAUUGGUAUUCUCUGCACAACCUCGAUCGUACGCAAUAAAAUCUUCUCUGCCUAUUUCCAAGAUAACGAUGGAAAGGCAGUCCCUUUCACGUACAUUCCUGGUACCUACCCCAACCAGAUCAUUCCACGAUCACCACAGCAUAACCGCGUCGCAUUACGCAGUGGAUGGCAUGCUCGCGAUAUUAUUACCCUGAACGCCUUUUACACAGCCAACCCCAGGACGGUUUCUGCGAAGUGGACUAAAGACGACAGCUCCCUUCCAAUUCAAUUUACAUCCAAUCGGCAUUCCCUGGUCUUUCCUCAGGACAUUAAGCCCUCCUAUGCUGGGACGUAUGUUCUCUCCCUCAAAAGUCCCUAUGGGCAAUUGCGUUUCAAGUACGAGGUGAGUGUUGAACAGCCACCCACCAUCAAGGAGGCUCCCCCGCGUCACCUCAUUGUACCGCAGGGGAAUCAGGCCCAAGUUGUUGCCGAGUUCAGUGGCAGGCUUACCUCUCGGUCCCUCCUCAUCAACGGUAUUCAAAUUGACGCGGUAUCAUCGGUGAGAUACCGGGAGUCACUGCGUCUUCUGCAAGAGUCUUUUCCCUAUGUGGGCGACCUCAAUCCGGAAAUCGAGUUUCCCUCUGAUACCUCCAUUCGCUACACAGUCCGCGAUCUUGCCUUUGCCCCCAAUUCGCCAUAUGGCUCUUCUCACAUCGUCACCAUGGUCGUAACCAACGCCCUCGGUUCGGUGCGCACCAACACCCUCAUUCGGGUUUUGCCCAAGCCGGAUGUCAUUCGUCAAUUGUCGGAUUACAGUUGCGUGGAGGACUGCUUCAACCACACUACCCAUCGCUUCUACUGCGAUAUUGAGAUGGCACCCUACAGCGGUCUACGCGUAGUCAAGACCUGGGAGUUGGAUGGACAAGAUCUGCAGCGUCUAGACCCGCGAGACAACCGACUGACCUUCCUGAAGUACUUAAACCGUGAGGUGGUGCUGAACAUCGCGCAAGAUAAUGCUCUCUUCGAUGAACUCUUUGCCAAUGUGGAUUUAAGCUGUCGCUUCCGAGUAUUUGGACCGGACACAGAUCUGUUUGCAGGUUACAUGUAUGAGACACCUUACUACGACACGAAAAACGAUCCCGCUCUGCACGCUAUGCUCACGGCGCAUAUUCGCAAGUAUCCCUCCAAAUCGAAGCUUGCUGCUGUGUCAAGCAUCUCGUGGAUUGUGGCGGUGGUGAUUGCCGUGCUGAUUCUACUCAUCGUUGCAAUCCUCGCUGUCUGCAUUGUCAUGCGCAAUAAGGGGAAAACCUACCUGCUUGAACGGGAGGAGCGGAUACGUGGAAACGAUCCGGAGAAGGAGUUCCGUGAUCGCGACGCCUUCCAAACCUAUGAAAGAAGAGACGAGCACCCAAUUCCUGGCUGUAAUCAAUCCCUUGACGACACGUUCCAAGAAGUGGGCAGUGACGAUGAAGGCGAACUGGACUACUAUGGCAUAGAUCCUGGUAAGGUCUUCUACCUCCCUAUUUCCAUUCUUCCAACGUCCGCCUAUUUUAAAGUUCUCUUAAAGCCUUGA